AUGGCCGAGGACCCGGCUCAAGCCAAAUCGAGCUCAGAGGAGCAUGCGACAAAGUCUGCUUCGGUCGGCGUACAUAAAACCUUCAAGUCCGGUGCUGAUGCAGCUCUGGAACUUCUGAAGGAAACCGGCGGGGUGCAUCAGGUUGUUGAUCCUGAAGUUCAUCGAAGACUCGUUAGGCGUAUCGACUGGCAUAUCAUGCCGCUAAUUUGUAUAGUCUACUUCCUCCAGUAUAUCGAUAAGACUGCCAUCUCCUAUGCCAGCGUUACCGGUAUAACAGAAUCUAUUGGACUCAAAGGGAAUGAGUUUAACUGGGUAGCGUCCAUCUUCUUCUUCGGCCAGCUCGCCUUUGAGUUCCCGACGAUUCGUCUGAUACAACUAUUCCCUCUUGCUAAGUACACUUCAAUUAAUGUUACCCUCUGGGGUGCCACUCUGGCUUGCCUUGCAGCUUGCAAGAACUAUGCCGGGUUAUUGGUGUGCCGGUUUUUUCUCGGAGUUUUGGAAGCAGGCGUGGUGCCGGCAUGGGUGUUGUUUACCUCUCAAUGGUACACGAAGGAGGAACAGGCCUUUCGUGUGGGUAUAUGGUUCUCCAUGUGCGGAGCAGCGCAGAUGUUUGGGGGCUUUUUCGCGUAUGGCGUGGCCACACAUGUGGGAAAGGAUCCAAACGCAGCCUUAAAGGGCUGGCAAAUUAUCUUUUUAUUUCUGGGUCUAUUCACGGCAGCCGUGGGAAUUGCGUUUUGGUUCGUUAUGCCAGAUUCCCCCGCCGUUGCGGGAUUCCUUGACAAGGAGCAAAAGGGGCUUCACCUCGAACGCAUUAGGCAUAAUGAACAGGGCAUCGGGUCGCAAACUUUCAAAUGGGACCAGGUAAAAGAAGCGUUAACUGACACGAUGACUUGGCUAUACGCAUUCUGGAUUUUUGCAGCCAAUAUCCCUAACUCGAUUGCCACAUCUUUCGGGAACAUUUUGGUGAAGGGUAUGGGCUACUCCAGCGAGGAAUCUUUGUUAUUAGUAACUCCACUCGGUGCUUGGGAGGUGGUGGCAUUAAUAGGACUUACAUACGGCGCGAUGAAGAUGAGACAGAGGCUGUACUUUUGCAUUGCUGGCCACAUCCCUGCGAUAAUUGGUGCCAUUCUGAUGGCCACGACUGAACGGGUGCCUGCUUUGAUCGGCUACUAUACGAGCGGUGGUAUUCCAAUUGGGUGGACCACAAUCCUUGGGCUUCAGAGUUCGAACGUGGCAGGAUCAACGAAGAAAAUUACGGUCGCUUGUAUAGGAACGAUCGCUUAUACAGUUGGCAAUAUCAUCUCACCACAGACUUUCCAAGCUCGGGACGCACCACGCUACCUCCCGGCUAAGAUUUCAAUUUGUAUUAUCUACGUCCUUAUCACUAUUGACCUAGUAGUGAUGCGAUGGGUAUUGGAUAGACGGAAUAAGCAGCGAGAACAGGAAAAGGCGGCACUUGAUGGAACUUAUAGGCCCGAAGAGAACCACGAGUUCUUAGAUCUAACGGAUUUGCAGAAUAGGGAGUUCCGAUAUGAAGUCUAA